AUGAAAGUCAACUAUGUCGACGAAGAUGAUCCCAUUCCGCCAGAUUUUUGCGACGUCCCGAGGGAGUGGGGGGAGAAGUGUCAAAACUGUUAUGAUCGUGAGCGGUGUGUACCAGUUCCAUACCCGUUUGUACGGUGGUGGUUACAGCUUCUAGAGGAGAUGGAACUGUUGCGGGGGACACCCCUUUACGCUGGUGCCAAGCAACGGGUCCUUGACGAAUAUAAAGAAGUUACUAGGCAAUUGGAUGAAGGCGAUACAUCAGAUGAAGAAGAAGAAGCAGAAAGAGAGAGAGAAAAAGAGAAAGAAAUAGACAAAGACAAAGAAAAAGACAGAGAGAAAGGAAAAGGCACAAGCAAAGCAAGACGAAAAGGAAAAGGAAAAGGAAAAGGAAAGGGUCGACGAAAAGGUUGA